UGCGGAGAGCGCCGAGUGGCGGAGCGCGCACGGCCGAGAGCGCGCGCGGUGAGGUGCUGGGCGGCCUGGGGAGUGCGCGCCGGGCAGCCCGGGCCGAUCGGCGUGCGUGCCUGCACGACCUGCUAGCCGGAGGACGCCUAGAGCCCUGCGGGUCUCAGUCGGCGCGGACACCUGCGACGCGCGGAGGGGACUUGGCUCGAUCUGUUCGUUUGAGAUAAGGUGUAAAGGAGAUCGCCACCACGUCCAGUCUAACCAGGUGUUAUGAACACUCCACUAAACAAACUCCACGGUUGAAAACUUCAGAAGACCUCCUUCCCUGCCUCAGAAUGGGACCCUGGCUCCUACCCUGUUUCCUGUGAGCUAGCUAGUGACAGCUUUGUGUGGGGAUGCCGGGGAACCAGCAGAAACCAGAGUCUCUGGAAAUGGACUCUGACACGUCGCCCAGCGGGCUCAGCGACUUGAGCAGAGGCGGCAGUCUGGAGAGCCGGUGCAGCAGUUCUCGGUCCAGAAGUUUCACUAUGGAUGAUGAGAGCCUGAAGCACCUCACACAUGAGGAAAAGGACGUCAUCCUGUUCUUUGAAGAGACUCUCGAUUCCCUGGAAUAUGACUUUGACGAGCCAGCCCUGUGUGACAGUGGCAUUCACUGCCACUCUCCACAGUCUCUGGAAGAGAGCCCUUCCAGUCACUCUGAGCCCGAAGAUGUCAUCGACUUAGUGCAGCCAGCACCUGCGCCUGGGAAAGCCAAGAGCCUCCCAGAUGUGCCUCAAGUUGCAGAGGCCCCAUCUGUUGCAAAACAGGACUCUCCAUUUCUUGAAGGUAGGAAACAAGCUGCUGAAAAUUUCCUGCCACCACCAGACUCCAGGGGUCCUGAGGUGUUUCCUCUGCCGCCCUCCCUGUCUGUCCCCGCUCCCUCUGCCCCGCGAAAGGAGCUGAUGUCCCCCUCUCCUCCAGCAGAGCAUCCCAAACUGCUCCGUUCCGUGCCCACGCCUCUGGUGAUUGCUCAGAAAAUUUCUGAGAAGUUGGCGGGCAAUGAAGCCCUGUCUCCCACAUCUCCCUCAAAGGAAGCCAGGCUUGCGGAAUGGAGGACGCCGACUUCUCUAGUCUCUCGAAACGGGGACCAUGUCGGCGUGUGGCAUCGACACACCGCCCAGCCGGCACCCAAGAUCCAUCGCUUCCCGAGCAACAUAAGCGUGACCAACAGCGCGGGCAAGGACUUCAACAAGACCAUCUCCAAGGCGGCUGUCAAUGUACAGGAGCGCAAGGCCCAGGUCCUGGCCAACAUCAACGGCAUGUCCUUCAUCGCUGCGGGCGACACGUCAUCGGAAGAGCGGUGGCAGAAGUCCGAGGAGCAGAGGAGUGGCUCUGCGGAUGGAGCACGCACCCUGGGCAGAGCGGGCCUGGCCGGCGAGCCCGGGACGCUGUGUGCAGGAGCCCCGGCCAGGGCGCAGCAGUCCCAGGCUGUGCAGACAGAGCAGCCGCCGGCGCUGACCAACGGCUUCCAGAGCGUGCACGAGGCCCUGCGCAGCGAGCCCAGCUCCUUCGUCCCCACCAGCAAGACCAUCACCUUCCGGCCUGACCCCGCUGUGACCGGCAAGCUGGCGCGCCAGAGUGCCAGCCGCAGCCUGUACGAACCGCGCCCGGACGGCAGCCAGGAUGCCCGCAAGCGCACUGGCUCGCUCCCCCGGGCGGUGGGCUUCCGGCCGCAGGGCAUCACAGUGCAGUUCUCCGGCCGUGGCUCCACCGAGGAAGCUCGGCGCGAGGCUCUGCGCAAACUCGGGCUACUGAAGGAGAACUUGUGAGGGCCAUGCGUGGGACUGCUGGAAUGGCCCGCGUAGAACUUGUACGUCCCGCACUGGGAUGUCCCGUUCUGUAAGCACAGGAGCUGGGUGGUCGGAAGUGCUGCACGUCCAUGUGUGUGUGUGUGGGGGGGGGGGGGUUUGGAGCUUCCGCCCCAAUCCCAGUGCAGCAUGGAGUCUAGAGGCCAGUAGGGCAAAGACGACCCCACCCCGCCCCCAGCUGUCCUUUUCCUUUUCUGGGGUCCUGGAAUAACAUUAAGACCUAAGGGCUUCCAUGACUGCAGAUGCCCCAUGACUUCAUUUGGGAGGACCACCUUGGUUUGACUUGGUCCAGACUCUCUGAGCCGGCUUUUAUCCCACCGGUCGGAUUUGAAAAGCCAGUGUAGCUCCCUGAUGCUCAGGAUUCUCUCUCCUCUUCGAAAAUAAAUAAAUAAAUAAAUAAGGAA